AUGCAGCCCCCCGCUCAAGGUCCAACACCGCUGCUCACUCCCCGACCCCGACCACCAGGCCGCCCCUCGACGCAGCGCACGACCUCGUCACGCUUGACAGCGCUCCCGACGCCUUCGACACCGCGCAGUGCGGCUCGACGCGCGAGAGAGAGGGAGAGGAGGUCGUUGGAUGCGCUUGGGUUUGGGAGCGACGGGGAGGAGAUGAGGGGCGAGAGGACGUCCUUGGGCGGGCGCAUCUCGCUGAGUGGGGUCCAGGGGUCACGCGAAGGCACCGGCGUGGACACAGGCGCGGACGCGGGAGGUUCAGCCGAGGGAGUCGUCGAACGGGAUCCUGUUGAGGCGACGACAAAGUUGUCGCGCGCUCCUUCGCCUGUCCCCUUUCCUUCGACAGACCCUACACCUGCCACAUCCGACCCCGUCAUCGUCGUCAAGCCCAGCAGCGGACCCUCGACGCCUCCCUCGAAUCGCCAAACAUCCCCUCUCGAACCGGUCCUCGCGCCAGCCGCUCUCGGUCCCGACCACCUCAAGUCCCUGAGCAGAGAAGAGCUCGAGAAGAUGCUUGCCGAGGCGGAUCGCAUCAUUCGCGCAAAGGAGCAGGAGCUUUCCGUUUUCACGCAUGCCGGCGAGGAACUCCUGCAGGAAUACCACUCCCUCCGCCAGCGGCACGAAUCGCUCGUGGCACGGAAGCCCUCCACCUCCGGCUCCGCGACACCCUUUUUGCCUUCGUCGCUCUCCGCAUCCGUGCAAACGCUGCCAGGCGCGCCCAUGCCGCCGGGUAAAUCGCCAGCUCGCCUUCGCCCUUCGCGCGAAUCGCUCGGCCGUCCUUCGCCAGCUUCGAGCCGCCACCUGCGUCGCGCAAGCGGUGCAAGCUCGUACCACCUGCAUGAGAAGGGCAGCUUUGCAUCGGACCCGGAGAGCCCGUCCCAAGCGUCGAGGCGUUCGAGUCGCAUCUCGGUCUUCACGCCCGACGACUCGCCCACCAACACCCGCCGCCGCCAAUUCUCCUCCGUUACGCCCAAGUCUCCCGCCGCUCGCCUCGGCAUUCCUGCAUCCGUCUUCUCUCCCGCAACAGCCGCGCGCGACGUCGCCUCCCUCAACCAAGCCAACUACGCCCUCUCGCUCCAGCUCUCCGACCUCCAAGCCGACUCGGAAGUCGCCGAGCGCGAGGGUCGCAAGCGGCUUCGCAAACUCGAGCGCGAGUUGCAGGCGUUGAGGGAGGACCUCGAGCGGGUCGAGCAGCGUAAUGUUGUGCUCGAGACGCAGGCGGAGGUGGCCAUCUCAGGCAACAACGAGUUGAUGCGCUCGAUCAGGCGGUACGACACCAUGCAGAGUAAGAUUGCUGCCGAGUCGAGGGCGGACCAGCCGGUCGGGCGCAGUCUCGUCUCGGACGACGAGGACGACCCUCGCGCGAGCCAAUCUGCGCCCAAGGACGACCUCUUCACCUCUCACGCGCCCAGCGGCGAGCCGUUCUCGCCAGGCUUCGCCGACAAGUCGCACCUCUCGCCCUUCCGCCAGCCGGGCCACGGCUCGCUCUUCCCGCUCUCCUUCCCUCGCUCUAUCUCCCGCUCCGCCUCCGCCUCGUCUCUCGUGCCUCUCCCCGCGCCAAUCGAGCUCGACCCUUCGCUCGAACAACAGCAAGACGAGCUUGUCGACCAGCUCAUGGCCAAGAUCGAUGAGCUGCAGGAUGCGAACGAGGCGAUUCUGGCGGAGAGGGAGGAGAUGGUUUGCAGGCUUGAUGAGGUGCAGGAGGAGGUGCUCGAGUGGAAGGAGAGGUGCGAGGAGCUCGAGGAGGAGAUCGUGCAGAACCGCCUUGUCGGGUGGGAGGGACCGAUCGGCGCUAUCGAAUGGCGAGCCGAAGAGGACGCCGACGCCGAGUCUGAGGCAGACGAGCCCUCCAGCAUUCGCAAGACUCGCACUCGUCCGCUGACCGUUAAGCGUUCGAGCACAUCCUCGUCCGUCUCAACCGGCCUCUCGGGACCGACCUGCACUAGCUCGCCUGUCACAGCGUUCGCCAAGCUCCCGCCGCCGCCGGAGCGCACGCUCAGCAACGAGCUAGGCGAGCAGUGGUCGACCGACGUGUACGAGCGAGACGACCCGUUCGACGAGCCGUCAUUCUCGUCCGUCAUCGACCACGGCCUUCGUCCAGAUAUCCGUCACUCAAAGCUCGAGCUCGCCACUUCUGCGCCUUCCGAGGAUGAGUACAACGACAAUUGCCCGACGCCACCUUUUGCCACGACCACGGCGGACGACCUGCUUCAUUCUGGAAUCCUGCGCUACGCCGGCUACCCCGACGCUGAGACGUACGACGAGAUCGAAAAGGCGGCGGCGAGUCUCGUGCCGGCUUGGGAGGACGACGAGGCGCUGCCGACCGCCAAGUCGCGACGACGCAAAGCUCUUCCGCCGCACUCGAUCGCCAAGGGGAAGAAUGUCGAGUUUGCAAAGUACGACGGACGUGCGGCAGGACGGUCGACCGCCGUCGUCCUCCACCCGGACCGCAUUUACAGCGACGAGGACGACUUCGAGGACGAGGAGGAGUCGCCCCGCAGCUCUCGCAGGUGGCACGCUCUGCGUCGUCUCCAACGCGAGGCGUCGUCAAGGCGCGGCAAGUUUGCUUUGCGAAGGCGGCCUACGGUUGACUCGUUCGAGGGAGAGUACGAUUCGGACGACUUCGAGUCCGACAUCUCGUCCGACUACGACCACCUCAAUCACUCUCUGCGGCGUUCGUCCGACUACUACCCGCUCUCUAUUCGCGCUCGCUACCGCCCGCGAAUGGUCGUCGCGAGGGUGACCGACUCGGUCGUCCAGAAGAUCGUCUCGUUCGUCACCUGGAUCCGCUUCUUCACCAUCCUCGGCAUGGCCAUCGUCUUUGCGGUCUGGCAAGGACCUCAAAAGACGCUCGGGAUCGUCGACCGCCGCCGACGCAUCCGCUAG